GUGCAGCCUGACCUCUACCUGUGCAGCCUGACCUCUACCUGUGCAGCCUGACCUCUACCUGUGCAGCCUGACCUCUACCUGUGCAGUCUGACCUCUACCUGUGCAGCCUGGCUCCAGUGCCAUGCUGUUCAUGUGAUAUAACGCUGACUCCACACUGUGCUGCAGCGCACCACCCGCCCAGCGGUGGUGUUCAUGGUCCAGGUGUUGGCGGGGCGCCACCGACCUGACAUAGCUCCUGAUAGGAGCAGCUGUAAAGCACAAAACCCAUCGACCAAUUACACGGCAGGAGGCCGGCGGGCUAAAGUUAAUCCGUUAUCCACUUGUUCACACGGUGAAUCUGGAUGGGAAGUGAAAACAAUCGUCUCUCUCCAGAGCCGCCAGCAGGGGGAGCAGCUGCUGCCUCACCGGCAGUGUGUGAUCACUUUUCAUUCUAAGACACAUCUGGUGUAUUUGAGGAAUAUGAAUGAAAAGAAGUUAAAGGAAGUGAGAUUUAAUAACAGGAACUAGUUAGACCUUCACAUUCUUUAGGGUCCGAUGCUUCUCAUUGUCGUGUCGUGACAUCCUGUUUCUUUGGCCGCGUUCCUAAAGUCUUAUCUCGUUGACCCAGAUGAAGUGACUCACUGCCACCAGGGGGCGCUUUAAGGAGGUCAGAGUGAAGUCCACAGCCAGGCGGUUACAUAAACCAGUGAGUUGACAUGCUCUCUGAGGUCUGGAGGUCUUCACGUGUUUCACCUGAAGCUCACCAGACAGAACCAUGCAGUCCGUCUUCGCCACCAACGGCUCGGAGACCCCGGAGCCGGUGAGCGCGCCGGUGGAAGGGUGCAUCCCGCCCUGGCUGCAGGGCACCCUGCUGAGGAACGGCCCCGGGCUCUUCUCCGUGGGCGGGUCCCAGUACAACCACUGGUUCGACGGCAUGGCGCUCAUCCACAGCUUCACCUUCGCCAACGGGGAGGUGACGUACAGGAGCAAGUUCCUGAAGAGCGAGACGUACAAGCGGAACCUCAAGGCCAACAGGAUCGUCGUCUCGGAGUUCGGAACCAUGAUCUACCCGGAUCCCUGCCAAAACAUCUUCUCCAGGGCCUUCACGCACCUCAGCAACAUCAUCUCCGACUUCACCGAUAACAACCUGAUCAACAUCAUCCGCUACGGUGAAGACUACUACGCCUCCUCCGAGGUCAACUACAUGAACCAGAUCGAUCCUGCGACCCUGGAGACUAUCGGCAGGAUCAACUACAGGAACCACAUCGCUCUGAACCUGGCCACGGCUCACCCUCACUAUGACGACGAGGGCAACACCUACAACAUGGGCACGGCCAUCAUGGGCCUGGGCCUGCCCAAGUACGUCAUCUUCAAAGUCCCCGCGACGGCUUCAGAUAAAGAGGGCAGGAAGCCGGCGCUGAGGAAGGUCCAGCAGGUGUGUUCCAUCCCGUUCCGGUCCACUCUGUUCCCGAGUUACUUCCACAGCUUCGGCAUGACCGACAACUACAUCGUGUUCGUGGAGCAGCCCUUCAAACUGGACGUGGUCAGACUGGCCACCGCCUACUUCAGAGGGGUCAACUGGGGGAGCUGCCUCAAAUUCGACAAGGACGACAUUACGUUGUUUCACGUCGUCAACAGAAAGACCGGAAAGGCCGUGUCCACCCGUUUCUACGGCGACGCCCUGGUGGUCUUUCACCACGUCAACGCGUACGAGGACGACGGCCACGUGGUGUUCGACCUGAUCGCCUACGACAACAGCCACCUGUACGACAUGUUCUACAUCCGGAACAUGAAGCAGGAGACCGACGACUUCAUCAAGAACAACCAAAGCUUCUCGCCGCCGGCGUGCCAGCGGUUCGUCCUGCCGCUCCACGUCCUCAAGGAAGCCCCCAGAGGAUCCAACAUGGUGACCCUGACGGACACCACGGCCCAGGCCACGAUGCAGGAGGACGGCUCCGUCUUCUGCCGGCCAGAGACUCUGUUUGAAGGUCUGGAGCUGCCGGGAAUCAACUACAAGUUCAACGCUAAGAAGUACCGAUACUUCUACGGCUCCAGGGUGGAGCUGUCGCCUCAUCCCAACAAGAUGGUGAAGUUCGACAUCGUCACCAGGCGCCACGUGGAGUGGACCCAGGAGAACUGCUUCCCCUCGGAGCCGGUGUUCGUGGCGUCUCCGGGAGCCGUGGAGGAAGACGACGGUGUGAUCUUAUCCUCCGUCGUCUCUGCGGACCCAAAGGUCUCUCCGUUCCUGCUCGUCCUCGACGCCAAGACCUGGGAGGAGAUGGGCCGGGCCUCCAUCCCGGUCCAGGUCCACAUGGACCUCCACGGGCUCUUCAUCCCGGCCGCCGUCUGACGGACAAACACACCGGAUUUAUUCCUAGGUCCCCGUCCCCAGAGGACCCCGUCCCCAGAGGACCCCGUCCCCACAGGACCCCGUCCCCAGAGGAGGACCACAUGUUGGUCUGAUGUCUCCAGGAGACGACAAGAGGAACUGGUUCUUAUUGGAUUGAGGGAAUAAAUGUCUUCAUGUUUUACAUUAAAGCUUUAUUAUUAUUAUUAAUAUUAAUCAUCUGUAACAUUACAUUGUGUUCUCUAUUGCUUGUAAUAAAGUUUAAGCCUCAACUGUCAAUGUUUUGACUCUGUGGGAGUUUGAUGGAA